GAGUGCUAAACAAGUUUCCAUCAUUUCGGUCAACAAGUCUAUACUUUUUAAAUUUUGUUGUGGGAAAACCGAAACGUCCUAUAUUUCAGAAUUUUUCUCUACGAUAUGUAUCUGUUAAAUAAAAAAUUAGGAAGCUAAUUCUUAGAAACGUCUUCAAUCAAAAGAAGCUGUAAUGGCAAACACAUUUUACAAACGUCCGGGAACAACCGAUAAAGGCAAGGACUACGAGGAUUUAAUGGUAACCCGCUUGGUCCUGCAACUCUUGACAGACCACAGAAACGCACACUUCAAGAUAUCUUCGAACGACGAAAAUUUUGGAGCCUUUGACGAUGUAGUUCUAGAAAUCAAAAACAUCAACACUCACACUGAAGAAAAAUAUGCGUUGCAGUUGAAGCAUGCGAGUAGAGACAAACCAUUUAGUACAGAUGCACUAACGAAGGAUAGCGGCAACUACAGUAUCAAAAAAUAUUUCAAAUCUUUUCAGCAGGUCAAAAAAUCUGUAGUUGGUUUCAAGUUGAUAUUGAUAACAAAUUUAAAGCUUAAUGUUGCAGAUGGCACAUUUAUUGAAAUAGUCGAUGGUGAAAGUUUCCAGGUAAAAAUUGUAAAAGACAAAGUAAUACCUCUGUUGAACACUUCUAGCGAAAUACAACACUGCUACAAAUUCAGAAUUGCUGAAGACACAAGACCGUCAAAGACAGUAGAACAAUAUCAACACUUUUUUGACAACUUUUAUUUCUAUACACACCAGUCGAAUGUCGACCAGCUUAAAGAAAACACUUCCACUUUAAUGAAGGAAGCAUUUUUUUGCAGCGACUCUAGCGUAGAAACUUUUUUACAAUUUAUUACAGAGUGGAGCAUCCGUGAAGGCACGAAAGAAAAACUUGACAAUGAAACGAUGCAAAAUAUCGUAGCGUUACAAGUGCUCUCUCCACAGUUGCUUCCACUAACAUUCGGUAACGUUAAUGAUAACAUGAGAUUAUUCCGGGACGCAAUUUCUCUAUUUGAUGUUGCCCUUUUUGACUUUAGUUGUUUCCAAGAAGUGCAAAAAUUGUGGGGAGAUCUAAAAAAUGAACUCAAAGACACUAAAGAGUUAAAUCAACUCAGAAAAAGGUAUCAAAUUACGAAAAACAACAUUCAAGAUGUGAAUAAAUUGAACGAUGAAGACUGUUCUAAAUUUUUGUGGUUGAUGAACAAGUGUCCUUUGAUUAUUCCCAAGAACGAUUCUAGCCAAAAAAUUGUAGAUCUGUGCAAAGACAAAAGAUUUGUUUUACUUGGGUCUGAUGCCGUAGGACUUGGGAAGUUUUCAGUUUUUUGGAAAUUGUCAGAUUUGGAUGAGCAUUUAAUGCUUUUUCAGAAGAUAGUAACGAACUUUAGAUGCUCCAUACAAGACAGCAGAGAAAUUACUUUAAUUGAAUUGAUAGAUCAUGAUACUACUAUCAAAGAGGUUACGACAACGAAUGAAUUGUUGCAAAUGAUAAAUCGACCGUAUUUGAUAGGAGAGGAAAAAGAAGUUUUACCGAUGGGAUAUACAAGUAGGAAGUUUUCGAGGAACGUUUUUAGUAGAAAAUGUUUAAACGAAACUGACAAAAAUACGUUAAUUUUCGUUAGCCCUUGUAAGAAGGACAGUGAAGAUUUGAACCCUACGCUAAACACAAUGGUUAAAAAAGAAGACACAGUUGCAGACAUUUUUAAUAACACACAGGACCAAAAGAUUUUACCAAAUUUUCACCAUUUUAAAUUGUUGGAAAAUGGAAAACUCGAAUUUGUCAAAAGUAACUGUAACGUUCUUGAUUUAGAACAAUACCGCCUUCAAGGUCAUUACAUAGAAGAAGAAGAACUUUUCUCAGGGCAACAAGAAAAUAACAUUAACAUCGUAAGUGGAUACCCUGGAACUGGAAAAACAGCUUUUACCAAAAAGCUUAAAAAUAAUUUGUCUGCAAAAUUUUGGACUGUGUUGUUCUCUCCUCAAGAUAUUUCUUCUUUAAGUCUUCGUCUUAGUACUAAUUCUUGCACCGAGGAUGAGUUUCUAGAAUACGUUUUAGAUACAAAAUACUCAUUUCUAGAUAGAUUUGGAAGAACGUGUUUAAAUUUGUUAAUUCAGCGAGGCCAAGUUAUCUAUUUGUGGGAUGCUCUAGAUGAGAUAAGUGAAGACUCGUUGGUGAAAAUAGUGCCUUUGAUACGCCAGUUGUCCAAAAAAAGUGCCCUACAAUGGUUAACAUGUAGGCACUAUUUGAAACAAACCUUAGAAUUAGCAUUUGGAGUUCUUUCUAGAACACUCCUAAUGUUUGACGAUGCACAAGUGUCUCUCUAUAUCAAGAAACGCCUUGAACUCCUUUAUGGCGAAAAUAAUUUAGAAAAAUCAAUCGCCAAAAUUAGAAACAAUAUAGCCAGAAUAGAUGGUGGAUAUUUUUUGAGUAUUCCUUUACAUUUAAACAUGCUGGUAGAGUGCAUCUUGAAUACACAUAGGAUAAAUUUAACACAUGCCGUCUCAGAGCAAGAACUCUUCUAUCACUUUGUGGAAGAAAAAUUUUAUAUCUAUUACACGGAAAAAGCAAACGUUCAGAUUUUAAAUCGUGUCCUCAGCCGUGUGAUUGCUCUAGAGAAAACAAUCAGAAUCCAAAGCUAUGCACUUGCAGCUAUGUACAGUUUGGUAGAUUCGAAGUAUGUAAAACUGUGGAACGUCACGUGCGAGAAUUUUUUAGAAGAGAUUAGUAAAAACAAUGACCGAUGUGGAUUCAUCACAGAAAUCCGAAACGGAAGACCUCGCUUUGUCCACAAACUGUACGCAAAUUAUUUUGCAGCAUGUUACCUGUUCGAAAAUUGGCGAACAUUGUGGAAGUUCGAAAAUUUUUACUUUGACAGAAAAUACGCCGGGAUUAGAUACUUUUUCGAUUUAUUAUUAGCGAGGGACUCUCCCACGCAUCUCGCAGUUUUGCACAAAGAUUUAGAAGAGUUAGAGAUGUGCCAGAACCAACUUUUAGUCAAGGAUUCUGGUGGAAGGACGGCAUUGCAUUUGGCAUGUUCCUGGGGUAGUCCUUAUCCGGAUGUGAAAGUAACCAAAAGCUUUCAUUGCUAUGUAGUUGACGAUACAAAGUUGGAAACUUGUGCAGGCGAAACUGAAAGUGCAGAAUAUCUUCACAUCUUGGAAUAUUUGUUAGAAAGAAAUAGUUUGCGCGAAAAAGAUAACUUAUUUGCGUUAGAUGCUAAAUCGUAUGCCAAAAAGUUUAAUUGUUUAAGCGCUCUUGUUAUACUUAGACGACAUCAGAGUACCGACGUUCGCAGUUCUUCUAAUGGCUGCUGUUUUCCAUUAGCAGCUCCAAUUCGUGAACGCUUUAUUUGCACUAUUUUAUAUUUUAACACGCUAUCUGGGGACGGCACAUAUUUGACCUUUUUUGAGGACUCGGAGAUAAAAUUUGUGAAAAGAAAAAGCGACGGUGCAUCUCUUUUGCAUUUACUUGUAAAAAAGAAUCAUAUUAUUGGCAUUAGAAGAAUUUUGCACGUGGAUUCUUAUCGAAGAAACAUCAAUGAUGUUGACAAUUCGGGACAAACUGCUCUGUUUGCGGCAUGUUUUUUGGGACACACAGAUAUCAUCGAUUUGUUAAUUAAAUAUGGAGCCGACAUCACCAUUUCCGAUAAAAAUGGAAAAACGCCUAUCCAUGUGGCUGCUGAACGUGGAUAUCACAGAAUUGUUGCAUCUUUAAUAAAUUUUGGAGCUAAUACGGACCUCACACACCAAAAUCAAGGUUAUACUCAUCAUGUUAGAUACUUAACUAACUCAAGUUAA